GCUGAUGCCAUUCGCAGUCGCUCUCAGUGCAUGACAAGAUCACUUUUUUGCUGUCUCGAAAUACUUGAAUCUACCGAUUAUGUCGGACCUCGGGCUGAACGACCACCACCAGAGCUGCAUGGCCGGAUACCUGCGCUUCACCAAGUACCAGCGGGCACAGCGGCUUCGGUCGGUUGAUGCCUGCUUUCAGGAUGUGAAGGAUACUAGACUACUCGAGGAGACUUACACAGCAGACGAAGUGGUGGAGCUGCUGGAUUCCCUUGCCGAGGUGGUUCGUGCCGAGGUGGAGGGGGAGCUCAUCCACGCCACACACACCAAUUCCGUCCUUCUGUCCAAUGUCUUCGCGCAGGCUCAGAAGUGGCACCUCGAACUCUGCGUCGACACUUCGAAUCUCGAGAACCAAGAGCUCCUAGAAGACGUCCGCAAGUUCGAGGAGGCGGAAGCCCAAGGGCGCCUCGGGAUCGACAAGAAGCCUUCUGCGAGGACCCUGGCGCCUCUCGGGGACCAGGAAGGACCGAUGGCGCUCCUGCACGCGGAGAUAAAGCGGCUGACGGAGGAGAACGGCGAGGUGAAGAGGCGGCUGGAGCAGGCAGAGAACAAGGUCACAGACUUAGCCCAGACCAAGGCUGAACUGACGGUGACGCUGCAGACGACCAGCGACGAACUUGGGCGAGUGAAAAAGACGGUUUCCUCGAGGCCGACGCUCGAGGAAGUGUCUGAGCUGUCCGACGAAGUGGAGAAGAUGCGACUGGAACUGAGCACGAAGGUGGAGGAAAAAGACGCCACGCAGGAGCAGCUUCAGUCUGACCUCUCUCUCUCGAAGCAGAAGCUAGCCCAGGUCAAGUCCCAGCUGCAACUUGCGGAGAAGGAACUGGAGAAGAAAUUUUCCCAGACAGGAGCCUAUCAGAACAUGAAGAAGAUGCUGGGUAAUAAAAACGACCAGAUAAAAGUCCUGAGGAAGAAAUUAGAGAUAUACGAGCCAUCGAAGGAUGACGUUAUCGAAGAAUAGAGAGAGAGAAGAAGAAGAGGAAAAAUGAAGAAGGAAAGAUGAAGAAAAAA